AUGGCCGCCAACAAGACAGACGCUCCAGACGUAGCCGACCCUCUGCGCUCUCAUCUCUUGGCAGAAGACAUCACGGCCUCGCCCCAGACGGCCCUCCCGCCCCGAGGCCCUCCUGAUCGCCAAAACUUCCCCGGGCAUGACGCUUGCCACCCCAUGCCCUUGGCGACAGGACCCCUGGAAUCCAUUGCCCUCGGAGACGAUGCCCCGUCUCCCGCGUCUCCGCCCUUGGCCACCAAUGAGCUCGGCAUCCUCUCCCGCAAAAACACCUUAUGGCCCAGCGUCGCGGCCGUGUCCAGCGCGGAAGCGAGCAUCAGCCCAACCGAGUCGCCGCCACUGACCGGGGCCUCGCUUGGAGGCUUCUCCAUUGGCAGCCCGACGAUGAGCUCCGCGGCCGCGUCGCCUCGCAUAGGUCUUCUUUCUCGAAGGCACCGACAGCCGACGACUGUGUUAGAGCGUGUAAAGACGGUCUUUUCUCGGCGGGCGACGUCGUCACACGAGACCGGCUCGGAGCCCCUCCAGCCAUCUGCCGGUUCCGAGGGACUGCAGGGCGUCUCCGAUCGUUCGGAUGUAGAGGCAGAGGCAGGCCAAGGUCUUGGACAGGGUGGGGGUGGUGAGAGCGAUGGAGAAUCGGACGAAGCCAUGUUCAAAAAGAAAUUCGCCGAAGCCCCGACGUAUUGCUCGUCCAAGAGGAACGUCCAGACCCCGCGGAAUGGCCCCCCGUCUAUCGUCAUGAUCGGCCUGUCCUUCAUAUCGACCGCCAUGAGCAUCGGGUGGCUCUGGGUGGCCGGGACUAGGCCGCGAUACGGCCAUGUGAUCUCGUCGAGCGGCUUCAUGCUCCCAGCGACGGCGACAAUACUCGCCACGCUCGUGUCCAGGAGCAUCGAGCUGAUAUCUGCCACCGUAGUCAUCUCGUGCGUCGGGCAGAUUCUGAGCCAACGUUCCGCGAACCAGCCUGAGCGCGGCAUGACGUUGGCCGAGAUGACGAUGCGCAACUGGAUCCUCCAGCCGGGCACAAUCAUCACGGGCUAUGGGAAGUUGAAGUAUACCAUCUUCACCGUGCUCGGGCUGCCAUGUCUGUUGGCGGCAGUUGCCAUCACGCUGUACACGCCGGCCUCGGAUGCCUUGGUGUCGCCCAAGCUCUUGCUUGGCAAGUGGCAGUCGCGUGAACUCGUUGGCCUCGUUCGCUCGUCCUACGCCAACACCAUGUAUGCCAAAAGGACUUGCCCUUACAUGUUUCGAGAGGACAUCGACAAGCACGCUCCUGAGUCGUGCUUGAAUGUCCAGUUCUCGGGACAGUCGUAUCGCAACUUGCAGGGCUUUAUGGAGAGGUGGAUGAGCAUCAGUGGCUCUGUCUCUGGCAACAGCUUCGGCUACGAGGGUGACCUCGCCCAACGUCCCGUCGGCACCAAUCUGCUGUACGAUAACACGACCAUGACGGGGGUCUGGAUCGAGACGGAACACGCCAACGUGACGGGGAAAUUCGAGGAGCACCAGCGCAUCGUCAACAACGUCACCAUGGCCAUGCCGCAUCCUGGCGUCUAUGCCGCCGCCACGAGCCGUACCAAUGGGAUCCUGCAGCCCGAUGACCUGGACAGCAUGGGCGAGUACUCCAUCCGUGCCAGCGUCGUUUCGCCCACCAUCAAUGUCAUGUGCGUCAACAUGAGCCGCGACGAGCUCGCGCCCCUCGUGUAUACCGAGUGGCCGCGCAGCCGCACAAGGACGACUGGCGUCGGAAACCAGACCAAGGGCCUGGAUGACUGGGCAGGCGACGUGCCGCGCUUUGUCGAGGGGCCGAGGGCUCGAUAUCUCAACCGCACCGUGGUCGACGACAUCUUCAGAUGGGGUCCCAAGUACGAGCGCUGGCCACCCGCCUUUCAGUUCUACCCGGCCGAUUACAACCUCGCCAUCAACGCAUCCGGGUACAAAUCCGACGCCCUCUACCUGCUGGCAAAGAGGGUUAACAUGACCAGCUACACGCUCUGCGAGACGCGGUCCUGGCUGUCUCCCAAAUGUUCAACACACUUUAAUAUAUCGGGAACGGCCGGAGCCAACAUGUGGGCUCACUGCGAGGACGCGGAGGACCCCAACGCCUAUCGCCGUUGGGUAAAGGAAGAUCCGAACGGGGACGGUAAAUGGGGAGUUCCUGACAAGGAUUGGAAACAUCUUGCCGAGCAAUGGCGGCUGUCGAUGGAUCUCAACGGUGGCAGCUAUAACAACAAUGCCUCCAACGCGCGAAUCCUGACGCAGCUCGCCCUGGACGAGCAUGAGCUUCCAUCGGACCUUCCAUCCUUGGCCGAGGCCGUGGCCGUGUUUGGUAGCUCCAUGUUGGUCAUCGGCUCCGUCGACACACCCUUCCGACACAAUUGGACCUUCACCGCGCCCGACAAUGUCCUGGAAGCGCCGGGAUUGCCGCAGCGAUUCCACGCAUCCAUCAUCUCAAAGGAGUACCAGUCUGGGGACAUCAAACCGUGGAAAAGGUGGUUCUACUUGGUCCUCGCUGUCGUCCCCGUCGUCAAUGUUUGCUGUUUGGCAUACUUUUCGUGGCACCGCCGGAUCAUGACCGACUUCACCGAGCCCGUAAACGUCUUCGCCUUGGCUAUGAACAGCCCGCCCAGUUCCCAAAUCAAGGGCAGCUGCGGUGGAGGUCCGCAGGAGCAUCAUUUCAUGGUGCCGUGGCGAGUCACACACAUCAAAGGAGCCAACCACUACUUUUUUGAAAGCGCCAACGAGAGGCCGUGGAGUGAAAAGCACAAGGAACAGGUCGCUUCCGCGGCCAAGGAAUACGGCCAAGUGCCGGGAAGCAACGCCAGGAAGCUGCGCUUGCGCCGAGGUUGGUUGUGA